AUGGAGUCCCAAUACAACAGCGAUGUCGUGGUGUUCGAAAGAUGGGCUCAAAUGCGGUCCUCAGCAGCCAUGCACAUGCAGGUGCAUUUGGUCGGGGUUCCUCGAGAAGGAGGAAAGCCUGCAGACUCCCAGAAAUGGCUAGAGCAGGUCACCACUAUGGCUGAUGACCAUGAGCUCAAGGUCCACAAGAUGGGAAGAUACUCCAGGGACGAGAUCGAAGGUGAAGUGUAUGGGCCUUCCGACUGA